AUGCGGUGGCUGGUGCUGGCCCUGCUUUGCUUCCAGCUCGGAGCUGGGUUGGUGAGGAUCCCCCUGAGGAAAGGCAAGUCCAUGAGGGAGCUGAUGAGGGACAAGGGGGUGCCGGAGGGUUCCCUGAAGAACCUCAAAGGCGACCCCGGUAGGAAAUACCAGUUCAGUAAUGCUGUGACUUACGAAGCGCUAACGAACUACCUGCAUUCCUUCUACUUUGGGGAGAUCAGCAUCGGGACCCCCCCGCAAAAUUUCCUGGUAAUCUUUGACACCGGCUCUGCCAACCUGUGGGUGCCCUCCACCUACUGCCAGGAUCCAGCCUGUGUGAAUCAUAACAGGUUCAACAGCAGCAUGUCGUCCACCUUCUCGAGCAUCGACGUGGCCUACACCCUGCGCUACGGGUUUGGUGACGUGGCGGUGGCGCUCGGGUACGACACCGUGACAAUCCAGAACAUUGUCGUCAGUAACCAGGAGUUCGGCCUGAGCCUGGAUGAGCCCAGCAGUCCCUUUUACUACCUGGACUUCGAUGGGAUUUUGGGCAUGUCUUACCCAGGCAUUGGCAUCAGUGGUUACAACACGCUGUUGCAGAACAUGAUGCAGCAGAACCAGCUCGAAGAACCCAUCUUCAGCUUUUAUUUCUCACGCAACCCGACGUAUGAGUACGGUGGGGAAGUCGUCCUCGGAGGGAUUGCCUCGCAGCUGUACACUGGGGAGAUUUUAUGGACUCCUGUGAUCCAGGAACUCUACUGGAAGAUCGGCAUUGAGGAGUUCUCCAUCGGGCAGUCGGGCACGGGCUGGUGCAGCCAAGGCUGCCAUGGCAUUGUGGACACCGGGACGUUCCUGCUGACCAUCCCAGCACAAUUCAUGUCAGAAUUCCUGCAGGCACUGGGUGCAGUGGAGAAUGACUACGGGUUCGUCGUUGACUGCAACAGCGUCCCGAGCAUGCCCACCCUCUACUUCGGCAUCAGCGGAACCCAGUUGUCGCUGCCACCCUCUAUCUAUGUCUUAAACAACGACGGCAUCUGCACCGUUGCAGUCGAGAGCACAUACGUGCCCUCUACCAACGGCCAGCCGCUCUGGAUCCUGGGCAACAUCUUCCUCCGGCAGUAUUACUCCAUCUUCGACUUGGCAAACAACCAAGUUGGCUUUGCCCUGUCAGCCUAGGGAUGCUGAGCAUCGCCCGUGGGAUAAUUUGUCCCUGCAACACUUUAUUCUCCCUUGCAUCUGUGUACAGUGAUGAGUAGGCUCCAAAUCUCCUGAAGUGAAUAAAAAGGCUACGGAUGUAACCGCCCUUGUGUCUCAUUGGGCUGCGGCUGAGCAGGAUCUGGCACAGCUCUUCCUAAUAAAACAACAAAAUCUGAGUUCAUGCUCAAGGUUUCCAAGGGCUGACUGGGCUUUCC